AGCGUCCAUUGUUGUUUACUUCUGAGGUUUUAUGCAGCUGCGGGUGGGGGCCUUCAUUCAGUAGUGCGGCAAAUGGCAAACAAGGCGGAUAAAUCGACUCGCGAUCCGUGUGUGGUUGGCGUGCUCUGCAUGGAUAUAGCUAGUGCCUUGUAUGAGAAAAGCGCUGAGCCGAAGCCGGCCAGCUAUAUAGCGGCUUCGUAUGUGAAGUUCCUGGAAGCAGGAGGCGGCCUUGUCGUGCCCAUUUGGAUCGGACGCGACCAUAAUUAUUAUAGGCUGAUGAUGGGCCGGAUCAAUGGGGUGCUGCUCACGGGCGGCGCUGUCUAUCUGGACGAAGAGGUCAACCCUGCGAAGGUCGCUCGAUGGAUGACCAAUGACUGUGUGAAGUCGAUUCAAUAUAUCUAUGAGCUGGCCCUCCAGCGAAACAAAGAGAACGACUAUUUCCCCAUCUGGGCCACAUGCCUGGGCUUUCAGCUGAUGCUGAAGAAUGCAGCGCCGUCGAUGAAGCGUGCAUCAUGUGGCGAAACAAUAUUCAGAGCCCUUCCGCUGCAGCUAACUGACGAUUAUGCCAAUUCGUCGAUGUUUCGGGGCCUCAGUCCGGAGUUGCACACACGCUUGCAGAGCGAACCAUUCGCUUGCUAUCAGCAAAAAUACUGCAUCACGGAAGAGAGUCUGGGCGCUGCGGCCAACGAUUGGCAUGUGCUGGCCACUGGGCAGGCGAGGAGCGGGUUGAGAUUCAUCACGCUCAUCGAGCAUAGGCAAUAUCCAUUUUACGGCUGCCAGUUUCAUCCCGAGCGUACCGCAUACGAGCAGCUCGUCGGACGAGAAGACCCGUACGCUGAGUCCCACACCCAGCACGGCAUUCAGCUCAGCCAACACUUUGCCCAGUUCUUUGUGGAGGCCUGCCGAAAGAACUCGAAUCGUUUCGAUAGUAAGGAGGAGCUCUCGCGCCACUUGAUCUACAACUGGAUGCCGGAGUUCAGUGGACGUCACAACACUGUCAACUGGCUGCAGGUCUAUCUCUUUCCCAAGGACCCGGACUACGUGAAAAGGGCCGAGGAAAGCCCAGAGAGCUGAGCCAAACAACAACAGCAGCAGUGUUUAUAGUCAGUGCCGUAUCAAAUUC